AUGCUAGGGGUUGAGAUGGACGCUAAAUUUUCGCCAUCGAACGCAAGUUUCGUCUUGACUUCCGAACGUCUACUUGCAAUCCCUAAGCGCAAUCUUCAUGAUUAUCUAUCCGCCUACAUUCGGGAUCAAAGAAGCUUCAUCAAAGACUAUUCUGCGGACUACAGGGCUGAAGGAGGCAUUCUACUAGACACCAGAGAACCAAAUGAUACUCUACCGUCAACCUUUCCUGUAGGCGAUACAUCUAGAGAUACUGUAUUUGGAACGCCCGUUCUCAAAGCAAGAGUGGCGACGUCCAGCGAAAUAAUCAAACCGAAAUUGAAUGAGCGCAGUCGUGCUGGGAGUAAAACAUUGGGAACUACCAGAUGGGUUACAAAGGCCGCCAACGGCAAUUUGGAAGGCACGUUGGAUCUUAUAGACAACAAGCAAUCCGUAUCUAAAGAUUAUGGGGACACCCAAACAACAGUAGAAUUUCAUAACCGGGAGUCUGACAUCAGGAAACGCGUGGUCAAGCACACAGUUACACGGGAUAAUAAUCAGGACGAUGAGCAUAUCCAACGGCUCGAAGAACGCCGUCGAGAAAAACGGGCCAGAAAAGUUUCAAUGUUACCAGCAACAGGGGAUAAGUAUUCCGAUGAUAACCCAUCAACGAAAAGGAAUGACGAUAGGCUCAAGAAAAAAAAUCAGCCGAAGAACACUCAGCUCGGAUUUGCUCUCUUGCACGGAUUUUCUGCGACAAACGUAGGAAAGAACCGACUGACCUUGGAUCCGUUGUCUCGUGGAUUAGGGGUAUUUAAAAAGGGUAAGGCAUCUACAAAAACCAGGGUUAAAGGCAAAAAAGAAGGAGAUGACUCGGGCCGUCUGUUCUCAGAAGCAAAAUUUUUGAAUUCAAGAACCUCAGGUUCCAGGAAAUCACCCAAUGUUGACGAUUCUCGUACUUCAUCCACAAUUUCCUCUCCCUCUAUCAGGAAAUACCCUCGGAAACAUGGAAAUGUAUACCACGAGGACGUAGAAAACGGGAAGGGUGCCAAUUCAUCUAAACACUCCGACGAGGAUCUGGCCGGGCGUCGCUAUAAUCCAGAUGAUUCCAUUAUCUGGGAUAUUGAAAAAGAUAGUGACGCUAUGGAGUCUGAGACUAAUUCCAACGACAGGCAAGGGACGAUGCUCGUCAAUUAUAAUCGUCAUGUUGCAACGGCUACUAAACUUAAAUCUCCCAAGAAAACUGCGUCGUAUGUUUCUAGGCGGUCCCUUGAAAGUUCUGACAAACCAACUGGCAGGGAAAUUUUUCCAAUGUAUGCUGCUGCUAAUGAACUUCCGUCGUUGACUCCCUCUGAAUCUGCUUCACAACUUUGUUUCAAUCAACGUACAACACAUGAUCGAUCUAAAUAUUUUCAGUGCAUAGAGAAAUUGGCCACACCAGCUCAUAUUUCUUCUGCAAACACUAAUUCUAUGCUUUCCGUCGGCUUGGAGGGUGAAGAAUCAGGCACCUGCAAUCCAAAAGAUACAGAUGGAGGGUCUCCCAAAGAAAUUGCUGACGAUAUGCGAAUUUUCAGAACUCAGGAUGCGUCAUCGGACAUAAUACUAUCUCCAACAUAUCUCUCGAGGAUAACUUGCGAAUUUGGCCCACCCGAAUUUGAUCUUCCUGCAUGUUGUGAUCUCAAGGCACACACAGAGGAUUUCCCUGUCUUCCAGUUGUCCUCACACGGUACCUACGAUCUGCAGGACUUUCAACUUCAGAAUAUCCUUUCAGAAGAUGUUAUUGACGAUACCUUCUUGCAUCCAUCCCUUGGCGACUGCCUUUGCAAUCCCGACUGCUUACUUUGUUCAAAUACGAAUAACGGAAAAGCUUCCGAAGCCUUCGACGCGCCGGGUUAUUUUCUCAGCUGUGCUGACCAUAUCGUCGACCAUACUCCGGAUGUUGAACAUCUCCACUGCAGAUUUUGUGCAGACCCUGGCAAUAUGGAACUGGAGAACUACGAAGAGGAGUCUUCAGCAAGUAAUACACAUCCCGAUGACUAUGUCAACCACGAUCAUUCCGCAGGCAAAGCUCUCUGUCCCGACAAAGAAGAACAUCAAAUUGAGUAUUUUCAGCAGGGUCGUACCCUUCUCUAUGGUCACGAACUUUUCGAAACCAGAAAACUUCCCAAAUUAUCUCAACUUUCAAGCGUUGAGGCAGAGGUCGCUGGAGCUCUGAAACUGGGCCACUGGUUACCACAUCGCCUUUAA